AUGUUCGCUUCCAUAAGGUCAUUGAGACCAUGUGUGGUUCCUCGCAUGCUCCCUCGUAUGCUCCCUCGCAUGUACUCCACAGCUACACAAUCCGCCGCACAAGCAACCACAGCGGUGUCCCCACUUUCGUCCUUGAAAAUUAACUCCAAUGGGAAUCAACAUUUAUACGCCAUCUUCAAACUUCACAACAUGCCCUACUUGGUAACCAAGGGAGACUUGAUCUACUUGAACUAUAAGCUCAAGAACGCAGAAAUCGGAGACGAAUUAGUCUUGAACGAUGUCACCACCUUAGGAAGUCCAAGCUACACAUACACUGAACCAAAUGGGAUCGACAGCAGCUUGUACCUGCUAAAGGCCAACGUUGUUGAAAUCACACGAGAACCAAAGUACCAAGUCACAAGAACAAAACAGAGACAAAGAAGAGUCAAGACUUUCCAAGUGGAAAACUUCCAAACGGUUUUACGUAUAAACGAAUUGAAGAUUAACUAG